UAAUCUAGGAAAUAAGGAAGCGUAUUAAAAUAAAACCAGAGCCCAGAAGGUCAGGAGGACUCAUGCUCUGGGGAAAUCUGUCCUUGCACGUGAUCUGGGCGUCUACACCCGGAGCGGCUGGGGCCUCCUCCCCACCCCCAGGACCUGUGGGUCCCAGCGGCCUCCUAGCCUAGCCUCUCGGGGCAGUGGCCGCUGCUCGCGAUGGCGUUGCUGGCCACCUUCCUCUGCUGCCUGCUGGCUGCCUGGCCCUGCCACCCGGGCCUCGGGGUGCCCCUGGCGCCUGCCGGUCGCACUCCAGCAGUGGGACAGUUUUGGCAUGUGACUGACUUACAUCUGGACCCUACUUACCACAUUACAGAUGACCACACCAAGGUGUGUGCUUCAUCUAAAGGUGCAAAUGCCUCCAAUCCUGGCCCUUUUGGAGAUGUCAUGUGUGACUCUCCAUAUCAACUUAUUUUGUCAGCAUUUGGUUUUAUUAAGAAUUCAGGACAAGAAGCAUCUUUCAUGAUAUGGACAGGGGAUAGCCCACCUCAUGUCCCAGUACCUGAACUCUCAACAAGUACUGUAAUCAAGGUGAUCACUAACAUGACAUUGACCGUCCAGAACCUCUUUCCAAACCUCCAGGUUUUUCCUGCACUGGGCAAUCAUGAUUAUUGGCCACAGGAUCAGCUGCCAAUAGCCACCAGUGAGGUCUACAGUGCUGUGGCUGACCUCUGGAAACAGUGGCUGGAUAGAGAAGCCAUUAGCACUUUGAGGAAAGGUGGCUUUUACUCCCAGAAAGUUGCAAAUCAUCCAGACCUGAGGAUCAUUAGCCUAAACACGAACCUGUACUAUGGCCCAAAUAUCAUGACACUGAACAAGACAGACCCAGCAAAUCAAUUUGAAUGGCUGGAAAAUACACUCAACAGCUCUCUGCAAAAUAAGGAGAAGGUAUACAUCAUAGCACACAUUCCAGUGGGCUAUCUUCCUUAUGCGACUGGUACCCCAGCAGUGAGGCGCUACUAUAAUGAGAAACUGGUGGACAUUUUCAGAAAAUACAGCCCUGUCAUUGCAGGACAGUUCUACGGCCACACCCACAGGGACAGCCUUAUGGUUCUUUCCGACAGACAAGGAAGCCCAGUAAAUUCUGCAUUUGUGGCACCUGCUGUUACACCAGUGAGAGGAAUUUUAGAAAAAGAGACAAACAAUCCUGGUGUCCGACUAUUUCAGUACAAACCUGGUGAUUAUACAUUGCUGGACAUGUUACAGUAUUAUUUGAACUUAACAGAAGCAAAUCUAAAAGGAGAAUCCAAUUGGACACUGGAGUACAUACUGACUCAGACCUAUGGCAUUGCUGAUCUGCAGCCUAGGAGCUUACAUGGAUUGGCUAAACAAUUUGCUGCCAUAGACAGCAAGCAGUUCCUGAAAUACUACCAUUAUUAUUUUGUGAGUUAUGACAGCAGUGUAACUUGUGAUCAGAAGUGCAAGACCUUACAGAUUUGUGCAAUUAUGAAUCUUGACAGCAUUUCCUAUGGUGAUUGCCUCAAACAACGUUUUCUGAAGCACAGCCACUAGUAUUUCAGUCUUAUACAUAGAACAAAGAAAUCACAUCAUGGCGCCUGGGUGAUCAGUUGGUGAUCAGUUGGUGAGUGUCUCAGAAGAGUAACUCUCUGCACUUUCUUGUUUGUGAAUCUCAGAUACUGACAUCAGUAACAUUUGAAACUCUUACACAUUGAAUAUAUGUUAGCAGAGGGACAUUUAAACGUAAAUACCUUGUCUUCCAAGUUUGUACAAUGAUACCUAACUUAUACUCUUGUAAAAAUUGUCAUGUAUGCAAUAAAGCAGGUGACUUCUCCAUGGGUGUUACAGAGUUUUGCUUGCUUUUUUUGUUUUUGGUACUUGAGACAGACUCUCAAGCUAUAGCUCAGGCUGCGUGGGAACUCACUGUCUAGUUUCGAUUGGCCUGGAAUCCAACAGUAAUCUCCUUGCCUCAGUCUUACAAGGGUUGGGAUUAUAGUCAUAAACUACCAUGCCUGGUGGUACUUUUAAUGCCUCCUUUACUUUUAGGUCAAUCAUUUUCAGUCUUUUAAUUCCCUCUUGAUAGAGCCUCAUGUGUAAACCCUGCUUUAGAUGGUUUCACCACAUGUGUAAAUGGAGACUAGCAUUUUUGGUAUGUUCGGUCUACUCUUGGGAAAGUUCAAAGAUCUCUUUAGGGCUAUCUCCUGAGUCUCUAGACCAUCAUGGGCAUGUCCUGCCUAGCUUUAUUCCUUUUGUAUUCUAGGACUAGUGAUCUGUAAGAAUGAGAAUCACAUAUGGUGUACUUACUGCAAGACAGUUGGUCCUCCAUGAUGAUAUGAUGUUACAUGCCCUAUAAUCCACUGGCAGUUGAAAACUGUCACGUGUUCUUUGGAUGAUUCAUUUUAGUAAUGUGUGUUUUGCCAAAAGCAUAAAGCUAGAACUUCAGUGGGCUCCAGUGUAGAGAGUAGAGCUGACUCUGGACUUCCUUUCUGAAUAAAAUUCGAGGCUUGAUAAUAGUGAGGAUUGCUAAUUCAUUCGAUAAACAAAGUUAUGAUGGAAAAGUCAAUGACAUCAUGUUCUCAGAGAACUGACUCACUCUGAGUCAUUGCAUGGCUCAGUUUUCAAAGCCAAAUUGAAGGUAUAAUUCUUUAAUACUUGGUAAUUUGAUUCUAAAGUUAUACUUAAAAGUAAGCUCUCAAAAAAAAAAAAAAAAAAAAACCACCACACACUAAAAGAUACACUUAAAGUUCACAGAGCAUCAUUAUGUAAAAUGGACAAUGUAUCCAAACUUGUAAACCACAAAUACAAAUGAUUGCACAAUCACUUUUAGUAUGGAUAUAGAAAUCUAGCUGUUAAAGAUAAGUGCAUUGUUUCUUCUUUGGAGAACGAUUUGGGGUGAAGGUACAGAGACACUCUGAGGAUUAAAACACUCUAGCUAAGAGGAGACUAUCUCUGGGCUGAGGUGAUGCUAACGAGUUCCUGGUAUAUUUUAGAAGUAGAUUCAUUGCCAGUCUGUAUAUAAAAGAUAAUACACAAAGUUCUGAGCAUCCUAUUGCGAUUGGCAUUUCCUUUGGGCCACCAACCAGCUCCCAAAUAAAGACAUGGCGACUUGUUAUUAUGAAUGUUCAGCCUUAGCUUAGGCUUGUCCCACUGGCUCUUUUAACUUCAUUUAAACUAUUUGUAUUCAUCUACAUUUUACCUGUGGUCCUUUUUACCUUUCUUUCAUUCCGUAUGUCCUACUUUUCUGCUUCCUCAUUAUCUGGUUGCCUGACCCCUGGUGUCUUCCUGACAUCUAUUUUUCUUUCUUCUUCCAAUCCUAAAUUCCUUCUCCUAUUUACUCUCCCUGUCCAAAAGUCAUGCCUAUACCUCCUCCCUCACUAUUGGUCAUUCAGCUUUUUAUUUGACCAAUCAGGUGCCUUAAGCAGGCAAGGUAAAACAACAACGCAUCUUUACAUAAUUAAACAAAUGCAACACAUUUUUACAUAGUUAAACAAAUAUUCCACAACAUGAUAAAUACAGCACAUCUUUACAUAGUUAAACAAAUAUUCCACAACAUAAACAAAUGCAACACAUCCUUGCACAGUUAAAUAUUCAGCAACAUCUAGUGAAUGGUAAUAUGAGAAGGGAGUUGGGCUUCCUGAAGAAGUUAAGGUGGAUGGCAGGAUAUGAUGGUCAGAACAACACAAUAUAAACAUUAUUGUGUGUUACAGCAAGCUCAGCAUACCCAAGAAUCCUAGUUCAUAAUAUGUUUGUCCCCACAUAUAUGUUCUUGAAUGAGAAUGUCUCCCCAUAGGCUCAUGUGUUUGAAUACUUGGUCACAAUUGGUGACUUGGUCACAAUUGGUGGUGCUGUUUGGGAAGGUUUGGGGGAGUUUGUUGCCUUUUUGGAGGAAGUACAUCACUGGAGGUGACUGAGAAUUUCAAAGACUCUUGCCAUCUCCAGGGUUUUCUCUCUGUUUCUUGCUUGUGGUCCAGGAUGUAAGCUCUCAAUUUCUGAUCCAUCUGGCAUGCCUGCCACAUCCCUGUGAUGGUCAUGGACUGUAUCCUGUAGAACUGUAAACCCAAAUAAACAUUUCUUCUCUAAGUAAUCUCAGUCAUGGUAUUUUAUUACAGCAAUGGAAAAGACAGGAACCAAACCAUCUCAGACUGGUUUUGUGAAUAAGAUUAUUUCUCUGAAACUAUAUUUGUUUGUGACUUAAUAGAAAUGUAUCCUCUAUCCACUUCUCUGCUGGUACAGUUAUAACUGAAACCAUUCUAGACAAACCACUGUGGGGCAUUUAAGUGAGAGAAUAAUAAAUAGUAUUGAUUUAAUUAUU